AGUGUGCGUUCAACCGAGGGAUUAGAUGAUUCUGUCUUGAGUCUAGAAGCAGAUUUAGAGCCGGAGUUUUUACGAGAACCUCUCAGAGAAACCGUACGAAGAAGUGUUAGAUCUCGCAGAGUGAAUACUACGAUUGACAGAGAUGGUGUUCUUCGAGAAAGAUUGAUAACGCUAAAUAGACAGAAAUCAGGAGUUUUAGCAGCUGUGACCGCAAAGCGUAACGAGAUUGAAAGGCUUAUGAAAAAUGUGGAUAAUUUCCUUCAAGUUCAAUCUGAAGCUGCUGUUUUAACUGAUCUUUUUGAGAAGUAUAUUGCCCAGAAAAAGUUAUUGUCAGAAAUGAAAGACGACGAUGACAACAAGUUAAAAGCAAAUCGUGAUUUUAACGAAACAAUUCAACGCGUGGGUGUCUUUGAAAGCAGAUUAAAAGCGUGGUUAAUUAAAGUCGAAGCGGAGAUUCAACAAGAAGUUCAGCCAAGCGACAGCGCGUCACAAUUAACUAAAGUAACGAGUUUAUCUAAGAGAAGCUCAAGAUUAAGUCAAGCGUCGUCAAAAAGAAGUUCUAUCUCGGCUGCUCGAGUUAAAGAAACGGCCAGAAUGGCAGAGAUUAACGCGGAGGUAAAGGCACUCAAACAAAAACAAGCUUUGUUACAGAAGGAUUUGAAGUUAAAAGAAGAAAAGAUGAAGUUGUCAUUUCAAUUGGAAGAAUUAAACUUGGGAACAGAGCUCGCUAAAGCGAAAGCUAAAGAACAGAUAUUCGCUCAAGCAGAAACAGAACUACUUGAAAGUAAUGCAUGGAAUAUUGAUUUAAAAAAGACCACUCGUGAAUUACGUGAAGAGCAACCAAGGGAUGCCUCAAAAGUAGAGAUGAUUCGCGAAGCAAGUAAAGAUAAUAAGUCAUAUGGAAAACUAGUAAAAGAUAUGUCGAGACAUCCUCGAGAACAGCCUGUAGUGCAACAAUAUCUUGGUGAAGAAAGAUCACGAAACAGCCAUAUUCAUGGGUCAACCAGUGGUUUACCUCGCGACCAAGAUAGCGAAAAGACGUUGAGCUCUUCUGUUUCCAGUAUCAACCCAAUGUUGUCCACCAAACCUGAGAUUGAAUCCAAAAUUCUGCAACAACAAAAUUCCAUCAUGGAGAAAUUAGUAACCCAGCAACAAAGAUCGACACUUCCUCAUCGUGAUAUGUUUACGUUUGAUGGUGAUCUAACGAAAUAUCGAACUUUUAUUCGUGCGUUUGAUACUUUAAUCGAGGCAAAAGAACCAGAUUAUGCCAGCAAGCUGUAUUAUCUCGAGCAAUAUACCUCUGGUAGAGCCCAAGAACUGGUUCGUAGCUGCCUACAUAUGCCCCAUAAAGAAGGAUACUUGAAAGGUAGAACGUUGUUGGAGCAGAAGUUCGGGCAGAAGCAUAAAAUCGCGAUGGCUCAUGUGGAGAAGCUCACCAAUGGAAAUCCAAUUAAAGCCGAAGAUGGCGAUUCAUUGGAACAGUUUUCGAUUUCUUUGAUGAGUUGUUCUAACACAUUAAAGGCAAUCGGUUAUCUCAACAAAAUCGAGAAUUCCAAUGGUAUGAAGAAAAUUGUAGAACGGUUACCCUACAAGUUGCAGGAAAGAUGGAGAGAUAUUGCGGACAGAAUCAUGAAUGAUGAAGAAAGAGAAGUCACUAUUGAAGAUAUUGCAAAGUUUGUUGAGACGAAAGCAAGAUCCAUGAAUAAUCCCGUGUUUGGUAAAAUAUCGUACCCUUCUAAAGAUCAGAAUGUUAGAUCUAAAGUUCCAAGGCAGAAAACCAUCUCUGGGCCCGGAAACAGAUCAAGCACAUUUGCUACCCAAGUCGAUAAUGCAACGAUAAAGAAUCGAUCGAAAGUAUCAGAAGCGAGUGUUCAAACGGAAAAGGAGAAGACCGUUUGUCAAUGUUGUGGAGCAAAUCACAAAGUUUUGGACUGUGAAGACUUCGCAAAAAAGUCUUACUCUCAUCGACUAGAUUUUGCCAAGAAGCAUAGACUUUGUUUCGCGUGUUUGAAAGGUGGUCAUCAAUCGAAAACUUGCUUCGAAUGCGGUGGAAAACAUGCAACGCUGUUGCAUUUCUCGCGACAACCGACGCAAGACGACGCAACCAAGAAGGGUGACACAACAAAUAAGAACGACCAUCAUGAGCACGACAAUGAAAAGAACAACAAUGAUCGUAUGGACUCUCGCUGCAGUUUUACAACGACUGGAGAUUCCAUUACAGCUUUACCAGUAGUACCAGUGAAGGUCAGGAAACGUGGUAGCGCAGAGUACGUUCAAACGUACGCCUUGCUGGACAAUGGCUCAAAUUCCACCUUUUGUACAGAUUCCUUAAGAAAGCGUUUGGGAUGCGGUGGUGCAGAGAGGAAGAUCAAGCUAACUACAAUUGGUACGAGCCAAGAUGUCACAACUGUUAUGCUCAAUGAUUUGGAAGUCACAGACUUGGACGAAAACAACACUAUCCCUCUACCUGAAGUGUUGUGCAGACCGAAUAUACCAGUUUCCAAGGAUGAAAUUCCGACCCAAGAAGAUGUGGACCGUUGGCGUUAUCUCCAUGGAUAUAUACACCUACACAAUAUCAACUCUGAAGUAGAACUUCUUAUCGGUGCAAACAUUCCUGAAGUUCUUCAACCCAUACAGAUCAUUGCUUCCCAAGAUGGAGGACCUUAUGCCACCAAAGUCGCACUUGGUUGGGUGAUCAAUGGCCCUAUUGGACGAAAGCUUGGAAGUGCUCUUCACGACUGCUUCUUUACGCAGAUGAAGGUGCAUCCUAUGUGUGCAGUUUGCACUGACUUCAUUGAUGCUUCAGAUUUCGACAAAGAGAUGUCUAGAGAUGACCUUCAAUUCAUGAACAUUGUCGAGACCUCCGUAAGACGGACCACGGACAAUCAUUAUGAGAUUGCGUUGCCUGUAAGAGAUCCUGGUUUGACGAUGCCAAACAACCGUGUGCAAGCAGUAAGAAGGAUGGCCCAUCUGAAACAGAAAUUUCGGAAGGAUUCAACAUUCUGUGAAGAUUAUACCAAGUUCGUGACCGAAAUUAUUCAGAAAGGUUACGCAAGAAAAAUUCCCGAAGCGAAGUUGAAUCGAAAUGACGGCCGUGUAUGGUAUCUACCACAUCACGGAGUUUACCAUCCCAAAAAACCUGACAAAAUACGCGUGGUGUACGACUGUUCAGCAGAAUAUCAAGGAACGUCACUGAAUAAGCAAUUGUAUCAAGGCCCAAAUUUAACCAACAAUUUGGUGGGAGUUCUGACACGAUUUCGCCAAGAGAAAGUUGCUUUCAUGACCGAUGUGGAAGCAAUGUUUCAUCAGGUUCGAGUACCAGGAUCUGACUGUGAUCUCUUUCGAUUCUUUUGGUGGCCUGAAGGUGAUGUGGAUCAAGAGAUGCAAGAGUAUCAAAUGACCGUUCAUUUAUUUGGAGCUGCGUCAUCGCCAAGUUGUGCGAACUUCGCCCUACGCAGAACCGCCGAAGACAACGAUGCGAGUUACGAUCCUGCAGUUACUGACACGGUGAAAAGGAAUUUUUAUGUUGAUGACUGCCUGAAGUCCGUGCCUACAUCGGAAGACGGAGUAAGUCAAGCGAGAGAUCUUCGGGAGCUUAUGUCGAAAGGCGGUUUCAAGCUGACCAAAUGGAUAAGCAACGAUCGGAAAGUCCUAGAAUCUAUCCCAGAAAUGCUGCGAGCGAAAGAUGUCAAAGAUCUAGAUCUACGCAAAAGCAUUUUACCAAUCGAGAGAGCUCUUGGUGUAAAGUGGUGCGUGAACACUGAUACAUUCGGCUUUAAGAUAGCAGUGAAAGAACGUCCGAUCACCCGACGUGGUAUUCUCUCUGUAGUCAGUUCUGUUUAUGAUCCGCUUGGCCUUGCUUCGCCCUUUAUCCUCCCUGCCAAAAUCCUUCUUCAAGAUUUGUGCCGCAAAAGUUUGGAUUGGGAUGACGAAAUACCAAGUGGCUAUAAACUUAUCUGGCAAAAGUGGUUAGACAAUCUUCCAAAGCUUACUGAGUUCUCUAUUCCUCGUUGCUUCAAACCAUCCAACUUUGGAGAGAUCGUAGAUAGCCAACUUCAUCAUUUUUCUGAUGCCUUUCAAGCAGCUUACGCAGCAGCGUCUUACAUUCGAGUUCGUGAUGUCCAAGAUCAAGUACAUUGCUCCUUGCUGAUUUGCAAAUCACGCCUGGCACCCAUCAAAGCGAUGACCAUCCCGAGGUUGGAGCUUGCAGCUGCCACAUUAUCCAUUCAACUUGAUCGUACCUUGAAGAGAGAGCUACAAAUUUCAAUUCAAAGUUCCACAUUUUGGACUGACAGUACCACUGUGCUUCAAUACUUGAUGAAUGACGUCAAACGGUUUCACACCUACGUUGCUAAUCGUGUCGCUUUUAUUCGUGCGAAUUCUGACCCAAAGCAAUGGAAGUAUGUGAACACCAAGAAUAAUCCAGCUGAUGAAGCUUCAAGAGGUUCCACGCUAUGUUCGUUCCUUAAGAAUGAAAGAUGGAAAAACGGUCCAGAAUUUGUGAAAAAGCCAGAAGAUGAAUGGUCCGCUGCACAGAAUCAACCACAAUUUCGUGAUGUUUUAGAUUCUGAUCCUGAAGUUAAGCAAGAUGUAUCGUCGUUCUCCACGAAAACAGAAGUUCCUGAAGAAUCAACCCUGAUGGAGAUCUUUGGUCGUUUUUCAUCUUGGACGUUGCUGAAGAAGUUCAUUGCGUGGUGUAUCCGCUGCCAAGCACGAUUCCGUAGAAUUCGUACUCAGUCCGCAAUUUUGGACGUGUGUCUCUCAGGAAAUCAGCCAAUCACAGUUCCAGAGUUGAGGGUCGCUGAGAAGAAAAUUCUGAUGUGCAUACAGAAAGAAACAUUUUCCAAAGAGUUGAAUGAUUUGUCAAGCAAGAAUAACAAUUGUGUUAAGAAAUCAAGUGCGUUGUUCAAAUUGGAUCCUAUCCUGAAAGAAAACCUCAUUCGUGUCGGUGGACGUUUGAAUAAAGCACCAAUUACGCAAGACGGCAAAAAUCCAGUUAUUCUACCGAAGAAAAAUCCAGUUGUGGAUUUGAUAAUCAAGCAUUUUCAUGUUAUACUAGGUUAAUUAGCUUUCUAGAAAAUAGAAUACAAAGAGUAAUGGUUGAUGGAAUGGUUACAGAAUAUUUAUAUAUUAAUCGUGGUGUCCCUCAAGGUACUGUUUUAGGCCCAGUUCUUUUCUCAAUAAUGGUUGAUGAUAUUAAAACUGCUGAUCCUAGUAAUGCGUUAGUCAGAAGAA